UUUACAGUCCGAGGCAGUGUUGGAACGGCCGCGGUGGAGGAGGGGCUGCCAUCUUGCCUUGGGUUCUCAGCUCCACCGAUAAUUUAAAUGUUUCCCACGGACUCGCGCCUCUGCUCCGCCCGGGACUCCUAAAACAGAUGCUUCAAUGGACGCCUCGUCGAUUAUUACGCAGGUGUCGCGCGACGAGGAGCAGCUGAACACCUUCCCGCCGCCGGACAGAGGAAGCCAAAAUGGAAAGAAGCCCAAGAAGAGUAUUCUGCGCACCCUGUUUUGCUGUUGUGUGUCAGGGGAGAACGACAAUGGGAGUACAGCGAAUGGAGUGUGUGUCCCGGAAGAUGUCCCGCCCUACACCCUUAUAUCCCCCCCGCCAGGGCCACAGCGGCACCUCCUACCACCUGUCAGUCAUCGAGACAUGCACAAGAUAUGCAUGGUUAUUGAUCUUGAUGAGACACUUGUACAUUCAUCAUUUAAGCCUAUCAGUAAUGCUGACUUCAUAGUUCCUGUCGAAAUAGAUGGAACCAUCCACCAAGUUUAUGUAUUAAAGCGACCAUUCGUGGACGACUUCCUGCAGAAGAUGGGAGAACUCUAUGAGUGUGUACUAUUUACAGCCAGCUUAGCUAAGUAUGCUGAUCCUGUAGCAAACCUUCUGGACAAAUGGGGAGUGUUUCGAGCACGCUUGUUUCGAGAAUCCUGCGUCUUCCACCGAGGCAAUUAUGUCAAGGAUUUAAGUCGUUUAGGCAGAGAUCUUCAUAAAGUUGUCAUAAUGGACAAUUCGCCUGCAUCGUACAUCUUCCAUCCUGACAAUGCUGUUCCUGUUUCAUCAUGGUUUGAUGAUAUGAGUGACUCUGAGCUAAAUGACCUUGUUCCUUUUCUGGAAACCUUGAGCAAGGUGGAUAAUGUGUACAGUGUGCUACGAAAUUGCAACAAUCCAUUAAACUCUCAAACACCGCCUCAGCAGCAGCAAGGGAGCCAAGUUCUUACUCAGAUAAACCAGGGACCCAUGACUCAAGUCCAGCCCUCCCCUCCACCCUUGAUAUCCCAGCAGCAUCAGCAAGAGCAGCAGCAACAGCAAUACCAGAAGGACUACGAGGAGGGUAAGGACGGACCAUCAUGAGGGCAGGGAGCUGUGACCAGGCAGGACACGCCAGAAGAGAUCAACAUGCUCAUAAAGUGAGCUCUCUUCUUUCCUGCUGUGGCCAAACCUUCCUCACCCUUUUUAGCUACCAUUGCAACCACUGCCCACCUAAACAUUUACCCCUGUCCCCCAAGCUAGCCUCUCCUCCAUGUGGUCAGGGUACUCAGGGCUGGAGACAUGCAAAAUUGAUCUCUGGAACUGAAUUGAACUGACAGAACUGCUCUUGUUGUACAGCAACAAACCCAGACCUUGAGGAAGACAAGACUAAUUGGUGUUAAACGGCCAGUUAUGUCUGGAGCUAGUAGGGGAUGAAAGUGGAGCGAUGGGAACUAAGAUGACUUUCCAUUAGGGUGAUGUCUAUGUCAUCAUAAUGGAUUUAAAACGGUGAUUAGGUGACAAGUGGUGCAGACAGUCUGUGUCUAAAAUGCCUGAGCGUACCUCCCUUCACCAUCUCUGUAUUUCAUCCGUUUCUAGCAUCUGAUGCAGCCAAUACAUGAUGAAAACAUACUUGUGUUAAUGUGCUGGGCAGACGGCUUAGCAGGGGUUACCAGACAAGUGCCAAGAUGAGACUCCCACUCAGUGUCAUCAUAUCAUGGAAUGAUGUAUAUUAGAGCAGUCAUAAUUUCAACUAUAUGAUGUUAUGCAGCUGCUAUUUUUAAUAAUUUUUACCUAAGAUAUAGAGGCAUAGUUUGUGUGCUUUACUAUUUUCUGAACAAAAAGAUUUUGUGUGCCAAUGCCGAGUUUCCCCAUAUUUUUAUUUCCUACUUGAUGGUAGAUGUUCUGCUAUCAUUGCUUUGAUAUUCAUUCUGUUUCUAGUAUACCUCAAUAAUGCCUAACCUCUAUUCUUGCUUAGUUUUCCUUCCAUUCUGUAAGAGUAGCUGUCACACCAUUUAUGCUAAGUUAUCAUGGGUGAUUGGGGCUACUAAUUUUUUUUUCUUAAAUGGGAAAGGGCGGGUCCAAGUCGCUGCUAUAACGAGCUGUUGUACCAUUUCACCACCAAGAACUGAUCAGUGCUAUCAUGGUUAAGAGUGGAACAGUGAUAAUAGUAACAAUAAUAAUGAUAAUAAUACUGAUAAUCCAGGCAGCAGGUCACGUGCAUAAUUUACUGAUAAAUGAACGUCCAAUAGUUAACAUGGCCUUUCUUCCUGCAAACUAUCUCUUUUGUCCAUAAAUCUUGUUAAAUAGGUGUAGCAUUAUAUAAACUUAUUUAGAUAGGUAGAGGUAGAUACAUUUUAUAUACUCUCAUGUGAAUUAUUGUAUUUUUAUCCAUUUUCUUAGCUAUUUACAUGACAACUUUAAUUGGACUUUUGCCAUUUUUCAUUAACAUUUUUUAUGAUGUAUGAGAUAUACUUUGUGGCAUGUCAUUUUACAAUAUUGACAGUAGGUGGUAUCAGAGCUAUGUCUAUAGGGAAACAUAUUGGUGCUUUAAAAGUAACUGUUCUCUGUGAUAAUGGGCAAAAUCUUGACAACUAAUGAGAGGAUGGAUCAUGGUUUGAAACUUCAUUCCACUUGCAAUUUUUGAAGGAGGGCCAUUUAGAUUGAAAGUGUUAGUGUAUAUAAAAGAAAACCUUUAGUGUUUAUAAGACAAUUGUGAAGUAGAAGUUUUCUAUUUGAUAUACAAUUAUCAGAAACAUUUUAUAAUUUUUAACGGACUAAAAUAAAAACCAAGAUGAUUGAAAUACCUAAAACCAUGCCAGUCUUUCAGUCCUUCAUCAAAGUUAUUAGUUGUGUGUACUGUCCUCCUGGUGACCCACAUACCCAGCAGGCAAAGGCUGCUGCCCAGCUCCCUCUGUCUUCUGGGAAUUAGUGGGACCCUGAAAUUUAUGAAGUGUGUCUGUACUCUAGCUAAUUUGGUAUGAAAAAUUAUUGUCAGUUCUUUCCUAAAGCUUCCCUCUCGCUAUUAACCCAUUACAACGAGUGCCGUGAUCUGCUGACCUCUUGUUGAUGUCCUACCUGCCCAACCCCCAGAUAUUACAAUAUAAUUUUCUGUCCACACCAGAAGGCUGACACAAGCAGUCAACACCCACCCGUUGAGACCUUUUGGUAAUGGUAGCAAAUUUUGUAAACCGCUUUGAGCUUGCUCGGGUCUUCUUUUUUACAUAAAUAAUUAUUUUAUAAAAUUAAAUUAAUAAAACCAAGAUAUCUUCCAGGUUUGUAGUUAACUUUGAUACAUGAAAGUAAGCAUGCCAAUCAAGUUUUGCCAUAGUGUACUCGUCUUGCAUUUCCCUUGGGUGGGUAGUGUCUCGUGAGUGACUGAGCUGGCUGUGGAUGGAGUCAUUCAUACGCAUUGUUGUUGACCGAUGCUCUUGUGUACAUAGACUCAAGAACAGUACUCAGCUGUGGACCGAGCUGUAUAAAUUAUGCAGCAAAGGUGUCUGUGGCAUAUAUUGUAGGAACUUUUCUCAGUAUGUACAGUACAGUGGCCUUAUUAUUGUUAAUGGUUAAACACUAUGUUUUUUACUGAAAUGGAUUCUUUAGAGAUUAGACUAUAUAUAAAUAAUGAAUAUCUUUAAUAAUAUCCGUGCAACAUAGUGGAAGUGUUUGCUUCCCUGAGUAGCUCCUUUUUAUGGUGGUUGAAAGGAUGAUAGGAAGUAUUUUAUUUUUUCUGUUGUAAAGGAGCAGUUUUAUUAAAUAUGUUACAAAGCAUUUAUUGAAGAUUAAGAGAUUGUCUUUGACGUUUGGUUAAUCAAUCAAAAUGUUUAAUGUUAAUUGCAGGUUACAACUGGGAAUUGAUUUGAAAAUUUAUUCGAGUUUUGGAACAGGGGCAGGUGGUACUGCUUUAUCGUGAACUGUCAAGUGUUACGUUUUCUAUCACAUAAUAAAUCUGUGUCUGAAAUCUCGUCUAGAUGCAUAAUGCUCUUCAUCCUUUUUAGGGCGUUCUCUGCCAAGUUACAUGAAUGUUAUUGGAACUGACACUAUUGUUCUAUAUCAUAUAAUCUAGGUUUACUCAAAUAACUCAUAUUCAUCUGCUUGUUACAUUAGCUUGAUCAAGAUUAGUUGUUUUGUGUCACCUUGCCAUUUGAGUUAAUUUCCAAUGGGCCGUGCAUAAUUGAUGUCUUAAGAAUUAUUGUUAUUUAUUGUUUUGGUAUUGUCUAGAAUUGAUCAUUCAUGGUAUUUCUUACACUUGUAUAUUUUGUUAUUUCUGGCAGUAGGGAUAAUGUCUUCCUCAGUAUAUAGUAUAAGUGCCCUUGUUUCACAGCUCGAUUAGUGUCAGGCUCAAGCUUCUGUGCAGUCACCUGGGAUCAAAAUUAACCACAGGGUGUUUCCCUUAUUUCUUGCCUUAUUGUAACAAAUAUCAACUGUGUCAUAUAGAAAAUGUUGGUCACAAGAUGUUUUAUACUGAUGGAUUAAAGAUUAUUUACUGUACAAAGUGAUUUUUAGGAAAAUACUUCACCUGAGACACACGUCUACAUGUAAAGGAAAUAAACUUGUUUAAUAUCA